AUGGAUUUUCAGGAAGACUUGGAUUUUCUGGAAGACUUGGAUUUUCUGGAAGACUUGGAUUUUCUGGAAGACGUAGAUUUUUCGGAAGACUUGGAUUUUCAGGAAGACUUGGAUUUCCAGGAAGACAUGGAUUUUUCUGGAAGACUUGGAUUUUUGGAAGACGUGGAUUUUCUGGAAGACUUGGAUUUUCAGGAAGACUUGGAUUUUCUGGAAGUAUUGGAUUUCUGGGAAGACUUGGAUUUUCGGGAAGACUUGGAUUUUCCAGAAGACAUGGAUUUUCGGGAAGACUUGGAUUUUCAGGAAGACUUGGAUUUUCGGGAAGACUUGGAUUUUCGGGAAGACUUGGAUUUUCUGGAAGUAUUGGAUUUCUGGGAAGACUUGGAUUUUCGGGAAGACUUGGAUUUUCAGGAAGACUUGGAUUUUCAGGAAGACUUGGAUUUUCAGGAAGACUUGGAUGGGUUUUGGGAAGACAUGGAUUUUUGGGAAGACAUGGAUUUUCUGGAAGUCUUGGAUUUUUGGGAAGACUUGGAUUUUUGGGAAGACUUGGAUUUUCAGGAAGACUUGGAUUUUUGGGAAGACUUGGAUUUUUGGGAAGACUUGGAUUUUCUGGAAGACUUGGAGGAUUUUCGGGAAGACUUGGAUUUUCCAGAAGACAUGGAUUUUCGGGAAGACUUGGAUUUUCAGGAAGACUUGGAUUUUCAGGAAGACUUGGAUUUUCGGGAAGACUGAUUUUGGGAAGACUUGGAUUUUCGGGAAGACGUGGAUUUUCAGGAAGACUUGGAUUUUUGGGAAGACUUGGAUUUUUGGGAAGACAUGGAUUUUCUGGAAGACUUGGAUUAUCAGGAAGACAUGGAUUUUCGGGAAGACUUGGAUUUUCCAGAAGACUUGGAUUUUCCAGAAGACAUGGAUUUUCGGGAAGACUUGGAUUUUCAGGAAGACUUGGAUUUUCAGGAAGACAUGGAUUUUCAGGAAGACUUGGAUUUUUGGGAAGACUUGGAUUGGGAAGACAUGGAUUUUUGGGAAGACAUGGAUUUUCUGGAAACAUGGAUUUUUUGGGAAGACAGGGAUUUUUGGGAAGACAUGGAUUUUUUGGAAGACUUGGAUUUUUUCAGGAAGACUUGGAUUUUCCGGGAAGACUUGGAUUUUCAGGAAGACAUGGAUUUUGAGGAAGACAUGGAUUUUUUGGAAGACUUGGAUUUUCGGGAAGACUUGGAUUUCUGGGAAGACAUGGAUUUUCAGGAAGCCAUGGAUUUUUGGGAAGACAUGGAUUUUCAGGAAGACAUGGAUUUUUGGGAAGACAUGGAUUUUCUGGAAGACUUGGAUUUUCAGGAAGACUUGGAUUUUUGGGAAGACAUGGAUUUUUGGGAAGACAUGGAUUUUUGGGAAGACAUGGAUUUUUGGGAAGACUUGGAUUUUCAGGAAGACUUGGAUUUUCAGGAAGACUUGGAUUUUUGGGAAGACUUGGAUUUUUAGGAAGAUGUAGAUUUUUGGGAAGACGUGAAUUUUUCAGGAAGACAUGGAUCUUUGGGAAGACAUGGAUUUUCAGGAUGA